AUGGAAAACAAGGACCACUCUAGAGAAGAUAGCAAGGAGAACGCAAAGAAAGAAGAUAGCGCAAUUCCGUCACGCUGCCCCUUUAGUGGCGUAGCUUUCGACCCAGCUUUGUUGAAGGAAUGGGAAAAUAAAAUGAAAGUGCAAAUGGCAGCUAGUGAAGCCGAAGUGAGCCGACUGCACAGUCUUCACCAAAACAUGAUAAAGCAGGGCAAGCAUGAAAUUAGGGACGAAAAGAAUGACGACGAACUUGUGGAUGACAAGGCUAGCGUUCUCGAACAAAAGAGAAUCUCGACACAACGCAUCCGAAUUACAAACAGCCAGUCAAACCGCACCAAAGAUCUGUUGGUGGAAGCAUCUUCUUCGCAAACAGUGUGGGACUCGAUCUACGAUAAUCCCAGUGUAAAGGAAGCCAAUAUCCGAAAAUGGAAUGCAGAAACAGUCCAAGGUGUCAAGGAUGGGUCGAAGGAGAUUCGAUUAGAGGUUUUUGGCAUUGUGUACGAGUUGGCUGAGUUGAAAGAGCUGAGCACUGAAGCGUUCUUUAAUCAAUCAAUAUCCGCUUUGGCCGCCUCCGACAGUCAAGAAGAUGCCGUGCUAAAGUUGCAGCUAUUUUGUGUGGACCUUUGA